AUGGGCCCCGUGAGCUCAUCACCAGCGCAAAGACGAGGCCGUCUCUCCGAGAUGGUCAGCUCUGCUGACUUGCUGUAUCGCCAGUCACUCGGUAUCUUCGGGCAUGAAGGCUUCAUCCAGCCGGACAACUGUCUCAACCUCGUGUCGAAUGAUCCUCGUUCCUUACUCGCACAGGAUUGUGAUCGAAGCCGCUUCUUAUGGUCCGAAGGCGAAAAACUACUUUUGGGUUUAUGA